CUUUUUUCAGGUGAAAUCCUAUUCACGUAUAAGAAGGAGAAAAUAAUAUCACAUAAUUUCAGAUAUCAGGAAAAUAGUUAUAAUAAUAAUUUCGAAACAUACUUAAAAACUACAGUGACAAUGGAGACCAGAGUGAAGCUGUUGAACCACAUGUUGGUGCUUGUGGUGGUGAUGCUGGCGUUGAACGUGUCGCGACGAAGAUGUCUAAGGGCCAAUCCAAUUGAAGACUUGCGCAGUGGUUUCGAGUUGUCCGCAAAUAAUGGGGUCAACAACAAAUUCCAUGAUGAGCUCAUCAAAGAACAUCGCGCCAUGGAAGCUCUCAACGAACUUCAAAACGAGGUUAUCAUUUCUGCAGAGGGUGAAGAAAUUUUUGCAGAGGCGGAAUGGAAUAACAACACCCAGGAUACAACUGGCACAUACACGGAUCCAACCACCAUGGCUGCAACUGGAACGGGCACAGAUGGAACACAGGAAACAACUCCAGCCUCAGAUGCAACCCCGGAAACAACCACUGAAGCCAUGGGGACAGACCCAAGCAACCCUCCUGACGAAGGCUUGUCCGGAGGAGCGAUAGCUGGCAUUGUAAUAGGUUGUUUGGCUGUAGUGGCACUGGUGGGCGGAGGAGUUUACUACAUGUACACUAAGAAAAUGUACUGCUUUGAGUAGCCCAAAACAAAUUUAUCUUCAUUUGUAGCGUAAUUCAUGUUGAGUAACGUCUUGAAGCAUUUCGUCCUUAGUUACUAUCCUAGUAGGCGUUUAGGCCACUUUUAUACUAGUUCACGAUGUAAUCAUACGUAAAGCUGGUCAUAGUUGCA